AUGGCACCUACUCAAUUAGAGAUAAAAGUUAGAGCCUUACAGAGGCUAGUUAAGGAAGAAGCUUACUACCAAGAGGAACUGAAAGAGCAAACGGCUCAUGUGGAAAGCAUGAAAGCUGACAAAGAUGUUGAUAUCUACGACUUGAAGAAACAAGUAGAGGUACAACAGGACACUGAAAAAUUGCUCCCUACUCUUUACAAAAAGAUCGAAGAGUUCAGAGACAAUUUGGAAGAAUUUUUGAAGAAUUACGAGGGAACGGAAGAAGUCGGUGAUGCACAUGGUGCAAUCGAUGCUGCUAAUAAUUUGUUGGCAUCAAGAUGA